GAAGUGAGUUGCAGCAGCAGCAGCAACAGCAGCAGGAGCUCCGGAGAGAAAAGAAAAGAGAAACAAGACCCGGGCCGGACGGAACACGGAGAUUGCCCAAACUCUCGGAAUUAGCAGGAGAUUUAACAGCUGUACAUUUCGAGCAAUCAUUUAUUAUAACUGUUCGGUCUUAUAAAGCGUCAUAAGGGAGGGAGUUGUAAAUACAUUUAGAAGGAACGAAAACAAUAGUGACACAGCGAAGAGGAGUCGGCGUUAGCAUUAGCUGCUUAGCUGGUUAGCUAAAACACUACCGUUUCGUUCCUGGAGUGAGCUCUGACACGAUGACGUCGAGGAAGAAAGUUCUGCUGAAAGUCAUCAUCCUCGGGGACUCGGGAGUGGGAAAGACCUCUCUGAUGAACCAGUACGUGAACAAGAAGUUUAGCAAUCAGUACAAAGCCACAAUAGGAGCCGACUUCCUGACAAAAGAGGUGAUGGUGGACGAUCGACUUGUCACAAUGCAGAUUUGGGACACAGCGGGUCAGGAGCGUUUCCAGUCUCUGGGCGUGGCGUUCUACCGCGGCGCUGACUGCUGCGUGCUCGUCUUCGACGUCACGGCACCGAACACCUUCAAGACGCUGGACAGCUGGAGGGACGAGUUUCUGAUCCAGGCCAGCCCCCGAGAUCCUGAGAACUUCCCCUUCGUCGUGCUCGGUAACAAAAUCGACCUGGAGAACAGGCAGGUAACCACUAAACGGGCACAGGCCUGGUGCCAGAGCAAGAACAACAUCCCUUACUUUGAGACCAGCGCCAAGGAGGCCAUCAACGUAGAGCAGGCUUUUCAGACCAUCGCACGCAACGCACUCAAACAGGAAACCGAGGUGGAGUUGUACAACGAGUUCCCAGAGCCGAUCAAGCUGGACAGAAACGAGAGAGCCAAGCCAUCAGCGGAGAGUUGCAGCUGCUGAAGAUGUACAGGAGGCGCUACUGAUCACCCUCCACCCUCUCUGGCCUUGUUCCUCCUUUUUCCCCUGUUUACACAUCUGUCUCUUUAUCUCUCUCUUGUCUUUCCUUCUUUCCCUCAAUGUAAUCACUGGCCUUCAUAGAGCAGCCUCUUCUAGAAUAUACUCUAUACAGAUUGCACUCACUCUCUCGCUCACACACACACACACACACAUACAGCAGUUCUCGAUAGGCUUUACAUUAAGCCUAAAAAAAUACUUAAGAAGAAAGUGUUUUCAGGCCCUCAGUAGUGGCUCUUUUAACUUUAAUCUCAUCACUAGUCCUAACCCCCUUCUUUAAACAUCCUUGUUUUCUCUCUCUCUGUAUACACACACGCACACACACAUAGUUCAUUCUGAAACUCUCCACACUUGAAUGCUUUCUGAGACUUUUUAUACCUACACCCCAUCGUGUUAACUGGAACCUGUACGUAUGCAAUGAUGCAGAUGGAUGGGGCUGUGUAAUAUAUCGAUGUAUUAAAGCUCUGUGUUGGUA